AUGGGAAACUCGUACGCCGGCCAGCUGAAGACGACGCGGUUCGAAGAGGUCUUGCACAACUCCAUCGAGGCUUCGCUGCGGUCCAAUAGCCUGGUGCCCAGGCCCGUCUUCUCCCAGUUGUAUCUAGAAGCCGAACAGCAGCUCUCCACGCUAGAAGGUGGAGGCCGAGGGGACAAUGAGGACGAGGAAGAAGAGGGGGAAGGGGCGCUGGAGCCCAGCGGUCCCCCGAAUCCCUACCAGAUGCACCCUCCGCCCGAAGGCUGCUGCACCACAGACGGGUUCUGCCAGGCGGGGAAGGACCUGCGUCUCGUCUCCAUUUCCAGUGAGCCCAUAGACGUCCCUGCGGGCUUUCUCCUCGUGGGGGCCAAGUCCCCCAGCCUGCCAGACCAUCUCCUGGUGUGUGCCGUGGACAAAAGGUUCUUGCCGGAUGACAAUGGGCACAACGCUCUUCUUGGACCAGCCUCUGAGCACCCCUCACUUGCUACGGCCGUGGGUCCAGCUGUUUUCAACGGCAAAGAUUCUCCGAAGCACCAACAGCUGGUGAAGAACGACCUGUCGGCCGUGCCACGGCCCUCGGCAUUAGGUAUCUUAUCAAACUCUGGGCCCCCGAAAAAACGCCACAAAGGGUGGUCCCCAGAAUCUCCAUCAGCGACAGACGCCGGCUACGCCCAGGGUGGUGGGAACAGAGCUAAGUACGAGAGCGCAGGCAUGUCCUGCGUGCCCCAGGUUGGCUCGGUGGGACCAGCGUCGGUCACCUUCCCCGUUGUGGCCUCUGGAGAACCAGUGUCCGUCCCUGACAACUUGCUGAAAAUAUGCAAGGCCAAGCCGGUGAUAUUUAAAGGCCACGGGAACUUCCCUUACCUCUGCGGGAACCUGAGUGACGUCGUCGUGAGCCCCCUCCUGUACACGUGCUACCAGAACUCUCAGUCCAUCUCCCGGGCGUAUGAGCACUACGGGGCCUCGGCGAUACAGCCCAUCUCCGAGGAGGUGCAGCUCCUACUGACCGUCUACUAUCUCGUCCAGCUGGCAGCGGACCAGGUGCCCCUGAUGGAGGACCUGGAGCAGAUCUUCCUGCGCUCGUGGCGCGAAUCGCACCUGACCGAGAUCCGGCAGUACCAGCAGGCGCAGCCGCAGCCCUGCCCGCCCGCGCCCAGCGCCGUGGCCCCCGUCACCUCGGCCCAGCUGCCCUGGCUCGCCGGCCUGGCCGCCAGCUCUUGCAACGACAGCGUGCACAUCAUCGAGUGCACCUACUCCCUGGCCGAGGGCCUCUCCGAGAUGUUCCGGCUGCUCAUCGAGGGCAAGCUCGCCAAGACCAACUACGUGGUGAUCGUCCGCGCGUGCCGCAGCCCCGCCAUCGACUCCUGCGUCGCCGUCACGGGAAAAUACCAAGCCCGAAUUCUUUCUGAGAGCCUCCUCACCCCAGCGGAGUACCAGAAAGAAGUCAAUUACGAGCUGGUUACCGGGAAGGUGGACUUGUUGGGGGCGUUUUUCAGCACCCUCUGUCCAGAGGGGGACAUUGACAUUUUGCUGGACAAAUUUCAUCAGGAAAAUCAAGGCCAUAUUUCGUCGUCACUUACUGCCUCCUCUGUCACCAAAUCAGCAUCCCUGGAUGCACCGGCAUGCACAAGUUACAAUCUGGAGCCCCACCACAUCCGGCCUUUCCAGCUGGCCGUGGCUCAGAAGCUCCUCUCCCAUGUGUGUUCAAUUGCGGAUUCCAGCACCCAGAAUUUGGACUUAGGAUCCUUCGAGAAGGUGGACUUUCUGAUUUGUAUUCCACCUUCAGAAGUGACCUAUCAGCAAACCCUGUUCCGUGUCUGGCAUUCAGGGGUUUUGUCGGAGCUCGGCUUGGAAAAGGAGCACAUGACCAAGCAGAGGGUUGAACAGUAUGUUUUGAAGCUUGAUGCUGAAGCGCAGACAAAAUUUAAGUCCUUUCUGCAAAACUCCUUUCAGAAUCCGCAUACGCUCUUUGUCCUGAUCCACGACCACGCCCACUGGGACCUCGUGAGUAGCGCUGUUCAUAAUCUCUAUUCCCAAAGUGACCCGGCUGUGGGAUUGGUGGACCGGUUGCUGAACUGCAGAGAGGUGAAGGAGGCCCCGAACAUCGUGACGCUUCAUGUGACUUCCUUCCCUUACGCUCUGCAGACACAGCACACCCUCAUCAGCCCUUACAAUGAGAUCCACUGGCCCGCCUCCUACAGCAAUGGGGUGGACUUAUAUCCUGAGAACAAGAAGUACUUCGGGCUGUCAGAGUUCAUUGAGUCCACCCUUUCGGGACACAGCCUCCCUUUGCUCAGAUAUGACAGCUCCUUUGAGGCCAUGGUCACGGCAUUAGGAAAAAGGUUCCCCCGCCUGCACAGCGCGGUGAUCAGGACCUUUGUUCUCGUGCAGCACUACGCGGCCGCCAUGAUGGCCGUGAGCGGCCUGUCGCAGAUGAAGAACUACACGUCGGUGGAGACGCUGGAGAUCACCCAGAACCUCAUCAACUCCCCCAAGCAGUGCCCCUGCGGCCACGGGCUCAUGGUCCUGCUGCGGGUGCCCUGCUCCCCGCUGGCGGCCGUGGCCUACGAGCGGCUGGCCCACGUGCGGGCACGCCUGGCCCUGGAGGAGCACUUUGAGAUCAUCCUGGGCAACCCCAGCUCCGGCAUCACCGUCGGGAAGCACUUCGUGAAGCAACUCAAGCUGUGGCAGAAGAUCGAGGACGCCGAGUGGAGACCUCAGACCUACCUGGAGCUGGAGGGCCUGCCCUGCAUCCUGAUCUUCAGUGGGAUGGACCCUCACGGGGAAUCCUUACCAAGGUCUCUGAGGUACUGUGACCUGCGUCUGAUAAACUCCUCCUGCUUGGUGAGAACAGCGCUGGAGCAGGAGCUGGGCCUGGCCGCUUACUUUGUGAGCAACGAGGUUUCUUUGGAGAAGGCGGCCCGGAACGAGCCCUUGGAGAGCGAUGCGGAAAAGCUGAGCAGCACAGACAACGAGGACGAGGAGCUGGUGACGGAAGGCUCCACCUCGGAGAAGAGGAGCCCGGUGAAGCGGGAGAGGUCCUGCUCCCAUGAUUCGGCAUCGUCCUCCCUCUCCUCGAAAGCUUCCGGUAAGUCUCCAGUUGUGGCCAGAGGGGGUCAGAACGAGGCCUCCUCCACAUGGGCCCGUAGCUCUGUGGCAGAAGGGAGACCUUCUCCUCAGCUCGGGUCAGUCAGCAAAGCCAAGUGCGGCGGCCUCCGGGGUCCGCUGCCCCAAAUGAGGGACUGCUCCGUGGACGUCAUGGUCUUGCUGAGCAGCGGGCGGAAGGAGCUGGCCCACAUGACCGAGUGGGAGGGCAGGAGCGAGGCGGCCUUGGGCAGGCCGCUGCUGUCGGUGGCCGUGACCAUGUCAUACACCAGCUUGGGCAGGAAGACGACGGGCGGCUGGCGGCAGGCCUUGGUCAGGGAGCACCGGGAGGCCUGCGGGACGAGCGCCCCGGACGAGGACGACGAGCCGGAGGAGGACAGCUGGGAGGACGACGGGGUGACCGACACCUGGACGCUCCUCUGGCUGGUCCUGGGGCCGGAGUCCGGCUGGGCGGCCAGCCCGGGGCUGCGCCUGCUGAUGACCGACGGCGGUCCCCGGCCAGCGUGGGGCCUCUGCCUCUCCCCGGGGGCCCUGCCCUCCUCCGACGGGCCGCAGGGCUGUGGUGAUCGGGUUGGGAAGACAGGUGCUUACCUGCAGUUCCUUAGUAUUUUGUCCAGAAUGCUCAUCCGGCUGACGGAAGUGGAUGUUUAUGAUGAAGAAGAGAUCAAUAUCCACCUCAGAGAGGAGUCCGAUUGGCAUUACCUCCAGCUCAGUGACCCCUGGCCAGACCUGGAGCUGUUCAAGAAGUUGCCUUUUGACUACAUUAUUCACGACCCGAAGUAUGAAGACGCCAGUCUGAUCUGUUCGCACCUUCAGAGCGUGAAGAGUGAAGCCAGGGGGACAUCCCGGAAGCCGGAGGAGCUCUACGUGCGGCGCCAGACAGCGCGGAUGAGGCUGUCCAAGUACGCGGCCUAUAACACAUACCACCACUGCGAGCAGUGUCACCACUACAUGGGCUUCCACCCCCGCUACCAGCUCUAUGAGUCCACCCUGCACUGCCUUUGCCUUCUCUUUACUCCAUGCCAGGGAGAGGAAAUCCAGCUACAUUUCAUCAUCCCAAGUCCAAAGAGCACCACUGUCUUCAGCCAACCUGGAGGCCAGCUGAGAGUUACGCCCCUGGUCACAGACAAGAGCCACGAGUAUAUAAAAAGUCCGACGUUCACCCCGACAACCGGCCGUCACGAACACGGACUCUUUAACCUGUACCAUGCCAUGGAUGGUGCCAGCCAUCUGCACGUGCUGGUCGUCAAGGAGUAUGAAAUGGCCAUUUAUAAGAAAUACUGGCCCAACCACAUCAUGCUGGUGCUCCCAAGUAUCUUCAACAGCGCUGGAGUUGGCGCCGCCCACUUCCUGAUCAAGGAGCUGUCUUACCACAAUCUGGAGCUGGAGAGGAACCGGCAGGAGGAGCUGGGGAUCAAGCCACAGGACAUCUGGCCUUUCAUCGUGAUCUCGGACGACUCCUGCGUGAUGUGGAACGUGGUGGAUGUAGACUGUGGCGGAGAAAGAAGCAGGGAGUUUUCCUGGGCAGAAAGAAACGUGUCUUUGAAGCACAUCAUGCAGCACAUCGAGGCGUCCCCCAACAUCACCCACUAUGCCCUGAUUGGCAUGCGGAAGUGGUCCAGCAAGACGGGGAGCGCCGAGGUGCGGGAGCCCUUCUCCCGCUGCCACGUGCACGACUUCAUCGUUCUGAACGUGGACCUGACCCAGAACGUGCAGUACAACCAGAACCGGUUCACAUGUGACGACGUGGACUUCAACCUGCGGGUGCAUAGCGCCGGCCUCCUGCUCUGCCGUUUCAACCGCUUUAGCGUGAUGAAGAAGCAGAUUGCCGUGGGCGGGCACAGGUCCUGCCACAUCACGUCCAAGGUAUCCGACAACCCCGUGGCCAUCGUGCCGGCCCAGUACAUCUGCGCCCCGGACAGCAAGCACACGUUCCUCGCGGCGCCCGCGCAGCUCCUGCUGGAGAAGUUCCUCCAGCACCACAGUCACCGAUUCUUCCCGCUGUCCCUGCGGAACCGCGGCCACCCUGUGCUCUCGGUCGACUGCUACCUUAACCUGGGAUCUCAGAUUUCUGUGUGUUAUGUGAGCUCCAGGCCCCACUCCCUGAACGUCAGCUGCUCUGACUUCGUGUUUAGCGGACUCCUGCUGUACCUCUGUGAUUCUUUUGUGGGAGCUAGCUUUUUGAAAAAGUUUCAUUUUCUGAAAGGUGCCACCCUGUGCGUGAUCUGCCAGGACCGGAACUCCCUGCGCCAGACGGUGGUCCGCCUCGAGCUGGAAGACGAGUGGCAGUUCCGGCUGCGUGACGAAUUCCAGACGGCCAACGCCAAGGAAGACCGGCCGCUCUUUUUUCUGACCGGGCGGCACAUCUGA